UGUGUCUCUUAUCACCUGUCGGCAGAACAGAACGACUGACAGUCAGUGCGGGAAUAUCACCACGGUGCACCGUUAUACAAGCUAAAUACCAUCUCUGGAUUCUCAUUCAGUCGAUAUGGAUUAACACAGGAAUGAAAUAUACAUGAUAUUUACAUGAGUGUUAUAUACAUGGAUACCACACAGUGAUAGAACAUUGUCAGUUGUAUAUAUCACCGGGCGAUAACUACCGAUAUCGACAUGGUUCUCCAGGAGGUGAUAGAAAGGGGUCGACGGAGGAGGAGGGAUCGAAGUGCAGUUCCGUUUGUUACAAAAUAUAUUUUGUUCUUCUGGAAUUUUGCCUGCGAGCUUGUCGGGAUUGGGAUGGGAGCUAUAGGAGCUUACAUCCUGGCCACCAAAAACAAACUGGUGACUGACGCCAUCGACUUCUUCCUCGACCCCUCCUGCGUCCUGUGUCUGGUCGGGUCAGUGAUGACCUUCAUCGCAUUCUUCGGCUGCAUGGGCUCGCUCAGGGAAAACACAGUAUUUCUUAAAAUUUUCCACUACUUCCUGAGUCUGCUGCUGCUGGGCCAGGUGGCUCUGGCCAUCAUCACCUUCAUCUUCUACUACGCCCCGGAUGUUCGGGACAAGAUGGGGUUGUUCCCCGAGCAGGACUUCAAGGACGCCAUCGUCAAGUACAGGGACGACCCCGACAUGCAGAACCUCAUCGACAACUUCCAGAAAUUGUUGGGGUGUUGCGGCGUCAGUAACGACGAGACCGGCUACAAGGACUGGAACGCGAACCCCUACUUCAACUGCAGCGCCAACAACCCCAGCGCGGAGAAAUGUUCAGUACCGCCGUCCUGCUGUAUACCCAAGCCGGACCAAAUUAUGAACCUUCUAUGUGGCGCGGAAGUACAGAAGAUAGAGAAUGGAAUAUUAGUAGCCGGGGACACAACGAAGGUGUAUACUGAUGGUUGUUUGUACGCGCUGGGCUCGUGGAUCAACCAGCACUCUCUCAUCAUAGGUGGAGUCAUGCUCGGCGUCCUCUUGCCACAGAUUUUCCUCAUAUGCAUGGCUCGUAGUGUGGCGGACGGCGUCAAAACUCAGAAGAGGAAAUGGGAGCGGCGCUAAACGUGUACGUUCGGUAACGUGAUCUUCUAGCGGCACCUGCUGGAAAAAGUGAGAAAAAAAAACUGCCCGUGAUACCACGGCGACCUUUGCAGGUGGCCCCAUUCUGUGAUUACUUCAUAUGAUCAUUGUCGGUGUCUCACCCAUCCACAAAAAACCUUAUACAAUGGCACUUCACUGAUACAUAAUGGUAUGUACUCAAUAUGCCUGAAGAGUGAUGAAUCAUCAAGAAAGAAUACGGAUCAACCAAAUAAGAAAUUGUGAUUUACAUGUUUACUGUAUUGUCUCGCCCCUGUGUUGCUAAUGGAAUGAUCCAGUGCCCGUGGCGUCAGUGUGUGGGCGUGUUUCACGUGGAUCUUUUCUUCAAUGGUCAGCCGUACUGCUUCUGUCAAAUGCGGAUAUCAACCACUAGCUUCGUGACAGCUCGUGAUAUUUCGGAACCACCCGAAGUCAGACAGGGAACACCGGAAACAUACGAGUAACGCCGAGGGAUCAGCACUCUGUGUGACUGAUAUUAGUACUUACGAAGGUCUGUCUCAGAUGUGCAGAAUGUAUACUGAAAUGCCUUGUCACCUCCACGCUCGUGCCUUGGUGUGUUCUGCACGUAAUUACAAUUUCUGGCCAUAUGACAGUAUUAUAAAUAUGUAUGUGUCCAAGAAAAUUGAGCAAUGUUGAAUGGACAGACCUGUACGUAUUGCUCGGGAAUGAAAUAUAUGGUGAUCAAUUUGUUUCCGAUGAAGAUAUUUGAUUAAUAUGCACAGUUCAUAUAUUUAGGGACCGUCAUAUAUGUAUGAUUUGUUAUCACAGCAAAUACAUACAGGUGUUUCAAUAAGGUCAUGGCUUUAUGUGAAGAAUAGUGAAGAAAGAAUCGGGUAAUCAUUAACUCUUUUUGACUAGUUUAGAUGCAUAUUCACUUAUCUCAUUGUCAAUUAAAUGUGUAUAUAGCCGAGUCCAAAAGAAACAUUCAAAUACAGUAAAAUGCGUUUAUAACGAACUCGCUUGUAACGAACUGACGGAUAUCACAAACUUCAUUUUUGGUCCCGGUCAUUUGCAGUAUAGAUGUUGUAUAUAUGCUUAUAACGAACUACGGUUAUAACGAACUAAAAUUAGUGGUCCAUUUGAGUUAGUUAUAACCGUAGUACACUGUAUACAGUAAACCCUCGUUAACCCGGGCUCCAUUCCCGGGCGAUUACUACAGACGACGCUUACACGUCUACAAAUUGCCAUUACCCCGUAUAAAACCAGUAUAAGUUUAAUCGGCAAAUUUGGUAAUCCGGGCGAUUUUAGUGGGAACGCUGGCGUCCGGAUUAAGGAGGUUUCAUUGUUCAUUUAACAUCAAGGGAAUAUGGUUAUAGACACAUCCGUGUGGGAUAGUUUCAUACUUCGAGUUAAACAUACUUCGACUUAACAGAUGUCAAGAUAGAGAUGUACAUUGUUUGACUAUCUAGCGUGUUAAAAUUAGAAAUACGUACCAAGUAUUUUUCCACCGUCCGUGUAACGAGAGUGGUGUGCAUGUACGUGUACGUGCUCGUCACUGCUUUAUCUGUCUUUCCGUCGAAUAUCUCGUUCGUACACAGGUAUACCUACCUACAAGCCUCACAUUGAUGCAUGGAUUGUGCAUUAAUAAAACGUCAUAAGAAUAUUAUUAGCGAGAGGUUGUGGUUUACGAAGGCAAUAUCUAAGGUUUAUGUGAUAUGCGCUAUACUGCCCACAAGUUUAAUGUCCAUCCUCGUUUAUCCAGUGCAUUAUAUUUUCACCUCACUUAUGAUCCUAGAAUCAUAGAAUAAUUUGAUUGGACUGCUAUCGUGUCAUUCAAAUCUGACUACAGUGAAGAUAUAACAUCGGUUUGCUAUCAUCCAGUGGUAUGAAAAAAAGUAGGUUAAAGUGUUCAUUGGGUGUGUUUACAAUCUGACAACAUCAAACACGUGACCCGGGUGUUUUAUUAUUUAUGACGGAAAAAGGGGUGAAAGAAAAUAACAUGUAUGCAGUGCAUUAGUAUCUUUAACACGUAAAAAGAACAUACAAAUUCGUUAAGUUGUGUGAUAUAUUCUUCUAAGGAUUUAAUAUUUUGAAAAGGUCAAUGUUAUAUAAUUGAUUGUAAAUAUAUGUAUAAACAUCUACGUUUUACAAAUUUAACAUAGUUAUUAAUUUUAGAUAUCUAUUUUUUAUUGGUAAAUAUAAAUAUUAAUAAUGAAUAUAUGAGAAAAAAUCUCGUUUUAACUUUUCUUACUAUUUAACAUAAUUUUUUGAGAAAGCCUAUAAUAUUUCAAGUGUCAAUAUAUCUUACAGGUUUCUUACAGUUAUAAUAGUUGGCUGUCCCUUUAUGGUAAACACGAGAUAAAUGCAGAAAUACUUAUCGUAUAUACGUAAAGUUGUCUACAGCGUCAAUCAAUAACACAGUUUUAUUGUGAGAAUCAUUCCACUGUUUAUAUUCUAAAUCAAAUUAUAAAUAGCAUAAUUUAUUUCACCAUCAGUAUUUCCCAUCAUUUCUCACGUCUCGUUCGUGCUGUUCAUAAUCAUAACUGGUUGCCGACCUAAUGAAAUUAUGCAAUAUGAUAUGAUAUGACACAGCCGUGUCAGUUUGACAUUACAUAAUAUGUCAAAAAAUUGUUAUAAUGUUUUUCGAAUAAAUUAUGUUUUUUAAUGAA